AUGUCUAAAGACACACCGAAGAAUCCACCUAUUAAGCCUGUCGCUGAGGAACGGCUUCGAGAGCGAUACCAACGAAGAUUGAGCACGCCUGGAUCUUUAGCACCCAAUCUACGAUCGAGACAAAUUCAUUUAUUGACAUGGGCCAUUGCCAUCCCGUUAAGCGGUUACGUCGUAUUGUUUGCUGACUUUGGACCUGAGGAUCAUUGCUUUUCCCCGCUGCGUCGCUGGUUCAAUGCUAAACGAAGCCAAUUCUGGACAUUGUCAGAUAAAGAAAAAGAGGACCUGAAAAACCAAGGACGGUUGAAGUAG